AUGGAAGCUGGUCGAAUCGGACUAAUGUUGAUGGCUGCAGCUGGCUAUGACCCGCAUCAUGCCCCAAAGUUCUACGAGAAAUAUGAUAAUGCUCACGGAGAUAAUUUCUUGAAGGCAACCCAUCCUUCUGGAGAGAAAAGAGCAAAGGCGCUGAGAAAGGAUAAAGUGAUGAAUAAAGCCAAGGACUUGUAUGAUCAAGCUCGUGCCAGACGUGAACUUGAAAGUUUUAAUGAAGAAUCAUCGGAUUUUACAUUUGGCAACAGUUUGUUUGAAGAUGAUGAUAAGGGAUUUGAUUUCAUAUCCUAG